AUGAGGGCACAAAUCCAAAAGGUAAAACAGAUAGUCGAAUUGUUAAAGAAGAAGACGGUUGGGUUGCAGCACUACAAGCCAACGUCUUCAGUGUCCAGGACGGACCCGAAGGAUUCUGAGGAGGUUGCGCCUUGUGGACAAAGUCUUCCCUUGCAAACUCAGAGCCUUUAUUCGAUACCUGGACCCACCAAUUGGCCCUUAUUUGGCAGUUUGAUAGAACUACUCCGCAAAGGAGGGCUGCAAAGACAACAUGAUGCAUUGAUUGAUUACCAUAAGAAAUUCGGCAAGAUUUUCCGGAUGAAACUCGGCUCAUUUGAAUCGGUCCAUAUUGGCGCACCUUGCUUGCUGGAAACGCUCUACAGAAAUGAGAGCGUUUACCCGCAGCGUCUGGAGAUUAAACCCUGGAAAGCCUACCGAGACUUCAGAGACGAGGCAUAUGGACUUCUAAUUCUGGAAGGGAAAGACUGGCAGAGGAUGAGAAGCGCAUUUCAGCAGAAAUUGAUGAAACCCACCGAAGUCGCGAAACUUGAUGGAAAAAUAAAUCAGGUGUUGUCGGAUUUCGUUAGUAGAAUUGGACAAGUGACUGACAAUGGACGAUUUGAGGACUUGGACUUCGAAUUUAAUAAAUGGUCAAUGGAGACCAUUUGCUUAGUGCUCUAUGACAAAAGAUUCGGACUUCUGCAUGACAACGUCAACGAGGAGGCUAUGACCUUUAUCAUGUCCAUAAAAACAAUGAUGAGCACAUUUGGCAUAAUGAUGGUCACGCCAGUGGAGCUCCACAAAAAACUGAACACCAAAACGUGGCAGGCCCACACUAUGGCAUGGGACCGUAUAUUCAGCAUAGCCAAAGUCUACAUAGACAAGAAGAUAAAGCACCACACAGAGACAACGGGGCCCAGUGACGACUUUCUGGGUGACAUCUACCGCCACAGUCACCUGUCCAAGAAGGAGCUGUACGCCGCCAUCACAGAGCUCCAGAUUGGAGGAGUGGAGACGACUGCCAACAGCUUGCUGUGGGCUAUUUUCAACCUCUCCCGUAACCCAUGUGCUCAGGGGAAGCUGCUCCAGGAAAUUAGAGAAGUUCUUCCUGCCAAUCAGACUCCCAGGGCUGAGCACCUCCAGAGAAUGCCCUACCUCAAGGCCUGCCUCAAGGAGUCCAUGAGGUUAUUGCCGUCAGUUCCCUUCACGAGUCGGACCUUAGACAAAGACACUGUGUUGGGGGAUUACUCCAUUCCCAAGGGGACAGUGUUGAUGAUCAACAGCCAUGCUCUCGGUGCCAAUGAGGAGUACUUUGAGCACAGUAGCUUAUUUAAGCCAGAGCGUUGGUUAAGAGAAAGCAGACCCAUCAACCCCUUUGCCCAUGUGCCAUUUGGCAUUGGGAAGAGGAUGUGCAUUGGGCGGCGUCUGGCAGAGCUACAGCUGCAGUUGGCACUCUGCUGGGUGGUCAGGGAUUAUGAAGUUGUGGCGACAGAUUGUGAACCAGUUGAUGUUAUCCAUUCCGGGAUGCUAGUUCCCAACCGUGAACUCCCUGUGGCAUUCAUCAGACGAUGAGAUCAAAUACAGCCCAUUUGGACUUCACAACAGGGAGAUGAGUUGUGGGCCUGAACGUCCCGAGAGACUCCACAUAUUGCUGCUCUGUAAAUAACAAUGAACUAUUUCAGAUAUAAAUAUGUAUUUAUGUAGUCCUGUCCAAUAUACCUCAAACUAAUAUUAAAUAUAUUUAAACAAUUAAAUAUGACAGUUUACUUGUUGAUCACUGUCACUUGUACGAUACAGCAGCUGUACUUACUGCCCACUAAUCUUGCACAACUGUUCUUGUGUCAAAUAUAUUCAUGAAAUGAUGACUUUUGUAUACGUUGUGUUCUUAUGGUAAAUUCUAUACAUGUAAAAAGUCUACUUGUGUUUCUUUUCAUUGUGUAUAAAGUGCAAUUAUAGUGUCAACAUGAUGUAGGCCUACAUGGAACACUAGUAGUUCUUAGAAUAUAUUCAUACAAUUCUUUAUAUAUUUAAUCCACUUUCUGAUUUUG